GGAUCGUUUAAAUUUCGAGCUGAUAACUGAUCUCUUUCUCGGCCUGAUAUAAUGACGCCAACUGCUCAAUUUACUUUCUCAUUAUUGUAAACCAAAACACCAACAAACAUCAUAAUCAAUUUUAUUUACAUGCCAUUUACUAUUCCUCUCUUCUUCUCUGGCAGAGCAGUAACUCUGUCAGUUUCCGAUAUUAAUCCAAAGCAACCGCAAAUAAUCUCAAUACUUUCUUCUCGAUAACCUUACUCUUCCUCUCAUCUUCUGUGGCAGAGAGGUAUUUCUGCCAGAUACAUCCUCCCCUUCUCGUCCCACUAAUAUCGACACCACCAAACAUUGCAUCAUUUGUAGCGGUUCAUAGCUACUAAUCCUUUUCAAAAUGCAAUAUUGGUUUCGUAAACAAAAUGCCCCCAGCAAUCUGGCCCGAAACUUGAAACACAAUUCGCAACUUCUGACCGAGUUUCAGAAAAAGGUGAAAGAUCAUGUUGACAUUCAACCAAAUGCAAGCGCAUCUGCCAAACUUGAUAACUAUCUUCAUCCUGACAAACAAUCUUCGAGAGAGAAGUUGUCGACCUUUACUGAACCAAAUGUGGUUCCAACUUAUGUCCCACUCAAAGACGCUCUCGCUGUCUUAGACAUUGUCCCGCAAAGUUUUGGGGAUGAAGCUCGAGAGUACGUUUAUUCUUCAUCUCCAAUUGGAGGUAAGGAGAAUGUUGAAUCGGCCCUCUUCAAUAAAAUUCCGAAAACGUUAUUCUUUUACUUGGGGAAGGACAUGGAAAAAGAUCACAUGCGAGAACACCUACCAAUGACACGUCGACACGGUGCCCACAAUAAAUGGUUGAAAAAUUCUGCGAGCUCUAUGCCCUUGUCCAUGGCCAUAUACAGCAAGUCAAUUGGGAUAGUCUAACACCCUAUAAUAGGUCAUUUUCAUAUUUACAGAUUCAUAAAACCCCUUCUGAUUAGUCAUAAGUAAUAUGCCGAUAUUAUAAUA